CGGCGGCACGCACUGCCGUUGCCGCCGUCCGCCAGCGCGCCGCUGGCCGACAGGAGCAGCCACAGCCACGAGGCCACGACGAGCAGGACUGCCGGCGACGGGUUGGUGCAGUCCCGCGAGGACCGCGCCGUGUGGGAUGCCGAGACGACGUUGCCGGAGAAGGAGUCUCCGACUACCUCACGCCCACCGCUGGCCUGCACAUCAGGUCGCCGAGCCCGUACGCCGGUGUGAGCAGCCUGGGUUGCCGGGUGCUCGCCGUCCGGCAGCACACCACGGUGCGACACGGGGUGGUGGAGGCCGAGGCUCACCCAGGUCGAGACCAUAUGGUGGCAGUAGGAGGGGACUGAGCACCGUGUGGUGUGAGCGCCGAUUGAAAAUCACCAGCGAGUCCUACUUCAACUACGAUGCAAUUUGUCCAAGAAAGGCAAUAACCUGGAAGAUGAUUGGCCUCCAAACCCUUUUGACGGAGGCGCACACGGCGCCAGACUGAAAGCGAAUGACCUCCUGAACAUUCCUGAGGCAGAUUGUACUCCGAUGUUUAUUAAGGAGCAGGGAUAUUUCAAGCGCUUCGAGACGGACGGCACUCUUGAUUGGUCGUUCCCCAGUGAUUACAUCAAUUGUGCUCUACUGAAUGACUACCAGCGCCUAGUCCCUCGAAAUUAUGGUGGUAGUGAGUACAUCAGAUGGAGUGAGUACCAUGAGUACUUGAAUAGCUAUGAGAUUGAACAGGAAUACGUCGAGUACAGUGAGGAAUUAGCCAAGCAACUGAAGUGGAUGGAAGAUUAUAUACAUUUUGACCGGCCAUCUUUUAAGUAUGACUUCAUCUCUUCCCGAGGAGCUUACCAGGCAAUAAAGAUUGCUGCUACUGGCUUUCGCGGAAUCACUCCGGCUUUAGCUUACAAUGGCUACUAUGAAUGUAUAGAGAGCAUGGGCUAUGACCUUGCUUGGCUUAAGGAGUUAGAUGGUGUCUAUUUUGAGAUUUGGCGGCGGGUCACUCAGGGAAUGAGUUUCAAAGAUGCUCUGGCAGAGGUUUGUCAUCUCAACAGGUUUCCGUUACAUCAACAUAGAAUGGAACGUGCCCUGGAGUUUGAUGAAGCGAUGGAGGAGAUGGAAGAAGAGUUCCGUAUCUGCACGGCAGCCAUUACCCCAGAAGUUAAAGAGGAUAAAGCUCGGGAGUUGAUUGCAGGGGCGGUUAAAGAGCUGCUUGAUGAUACGCCGAAGUCCUAUGAGCAGUAUAUCAUAAAGAAGAUGCACAUUGCCCGAGUUGUUGGAAUCCUUCCUGACAAGAGGAUUGAAGAUUCUCAAGAAUGAGAUAACCGUCAAACAAGUGUUUGUUAAAAAGCUGCUUGAUAAGCCGAAGUCCUAUGAGCAGUAUAUCAGAAAAGAAGAUACACAUUGCCCGAGCUGUUGGAAUCCUUCCUCCACAUGAUUGAAGCAACAGUGUUAAGAUUGUGAAGAAUGAGAUAAUGGUCAAACAAGUGUUGAUUGUUGUCAGAUUAUGAAAUUGGACCAUCAAUGGUGACCCCUACUUCCAAGUUUUCAAGUGGUCGUCUACUCCAAUAGCUUAGCAUGAAAUUUAUAGAUUUUUUUGGUGAAUCCAAGUUUCACACUGAGUGUAGGACAACAGUAUUAUCAAGGGGUGUACAAGCAAAACAACUUUGGUUUGAACUCUAAAACAAGAUCAUAAACCAAAUUGUUCAGAACACAAUUUCACCCAAAGAGAAUUUAACUCUAGAGAAUUAAAUUGGUUUGAACUUUCA